GGUCACACUGAGGAAAAGAGCAAUUUUUUUUUGGUUUCGAAUUACAGUACUUGCUAAAGAGUUUUUAUAAAACUAUUCGCAUUUUUCGCCAAAUUCACAACACCACAGGAAAAGUUUUCAAAGUUUUGGCGGAACCUCCCAAGAGAAUACCUCAAAAUGGAUCAUCAGCAUCAGCUCUGCCUGAGUUGGAGCCACCACCAGUCGACAUUGGCCGGGGUGUUUGAAAAUCUGCUGGAGAACGAAUCGUUGGCCGAUUGCACAGUCGCCGCCGAGGGAAAGUAUCACAAGGCCCACAAACUGGUGCUGUCGGCCUUUAGUCCCUACUUUGCGGCCCUGCUGCAGGAACAGUACGACAAGCACCCCAUCUUUAUGUUGAAGGACAUCAAGUACCAGGAGCUGCGCGCCCUGAUGAUCUACAUGUACCGCGGGGAGGUGCACAUUCCCCAGAGCCAGCUGGCCGAUCUCCUCAAAGCCGCCGAAUCGCUGCAGAUCAAGGGGCUCCAGCAGGAUAGUAACCAGGAGGAUAACCCGAUAGAACGUACACCCGGCAAGCGAAAAGGUUCGUUCGGCGAUGGGGAGCGUCGCUCACUUCGCCCCCAAAAAGUCAGCCGUCUCUCGAGAAAUGAUGGUCCCGUCAUUGAAAAUGUAGAACUACCGAGCCCCGGCUUGCAAAUGGAUUCCAAGUCCGAGAUGGGCAGUGAAGACUUUGAAAAUGAAAUGCCCAUCCAGCUGAACAAAUUCCAUGAUGAACUCAUUGACCAAAAUAUUCGGCCACAGAAAAUUCCCGAAAUGGAUCCAUUCAUCGAUUUACCCGAAACUUCCAAAGGUGUGGCUGACGAAAUCAGGCGACUGAGCGACGCUAUUCGGAGAGUUGAGAAAAUUGUGAAAGACACGAAUCCCAAGAUUUUAGCGGGAGUCUCUAAAUUGCUUGAUAACAAUGACAGCUGGCCGGCCAAUCCACAUUUGCCUGUUGAAUCCUUCGAAGAAUUGGAAAGCUUGGAAGAGAAAGUUCAAAACAAUUUGAAUUUCUAUAUUCCCAUUUUCAAGGGAUUGCUAGUCCCUGGCGGAGUUGCAAUGAACCUACAAAGAAUAAUCGAUGAAAAAAUACUUUUCGAAAUGAAUUUUUCUGGAAAACAAAACAAAAAGGGCCUGAGGAAAUACAACAACUUGAUACACGCCCUGUACCAAGCCGUGAAAAGGGACAACUAUUCGCAAAUAGAAUUUCAAACGGACAUCCGUAGUUCUUUCUCUAAAAUCAAGAAUAAAAUAUAUAAGAAUAAAUAUGAAGCCAGGAAUAGGGCCAUGAAAAACUUUCCCUUAGACGACUCGGAACAAAGUUAAGGUCCUGCAUAUUUAUAAUCUUUUUGAACUUUCUGACCUUAUGUACAAAACCGACACUUAUGAUACCUAAGUGGCAUAAAAUAAGACAUAGAUUCGUUAUCAUAAGACGAGGUCAGAAAAUCUGAAAAAUACAACAAUUUAAUAAAGAUAGUA